AUGGGAUCUUCGCGCCAGCGUGAGCUUCGACCCGAGGACUCCUGGCGCUUUGUUGAAGGGGAGAACGACAGUUUCGACACAAGUAUCCUCCCAUCGCUUGGGGAAUCAUCACCACCUACAUCCUCAGGCAACGUCCCCUCACAACCGUUUUCCCAAGGAAAUCUUAGCUUCGCAUCGCAGGACAGCAUUCGCGACUUUGGGGCAGACCCAGACGACGAGCAGGUAAUUCUACGAGAGCCGUUCAGGCCGAGUCUUUCGCGCGCAAGUGUGAGCGCAAGCGGAGAGCGAGUCUUUCGAUCACCCGAUCCAGAAUUUCACAUGCCGCGCAUCGAUACUGCGAGUGAGAGCAGUAGUAGGAGUGAGCGCACGAUAAGAGGACUGGGAAUAGGAUAUGGCGGCAAUGAAGGUGUGAGGAGAAGAGGGAAUCCACUACCUUCGAGUCCCCCCAAGCAGAGGAAUGCGCGCGCAAGAUAUGAGACCGAGGAUGAAUAUCAUCGCCGCCAAUACCGCGAACAGCCACCGCCAACAGUUGGAAAUCAAAUCGCUCAAAGCGUCCCAGCGGCGAUAUACAACACACUUGGAUGGUUUCUCAACGUUAUCGGGCUAGCAUUCCGCUACGCUCAGAAACCUUUUGCGAUUCUACUGGCUAUCUACCUUUGCUUUGGUGGUCUUAUUAUUGCACAGAACAUGGCAACUCGCUCUAUCGCCGCAUCCCUAUCUCCUCUUUGCCGUAUUCCGGGCGCAUCGCUACUGAAUCUUCCGUUCUGUCCUUCUCUGGAUACGAUAGUACCUGCUGGAGGUGAUGGAUCGCCCGUUGAGUUCGAUGACCUCAUGAAUGUGCAGUCAAAGUUCGAGCAAGUUCUUGAAAAGAGCUCUGAUGGUGUCUCACUCCCAUUCGAGAUGAAAAGAUCCGAAACGGCCAUCCGAGAUUUACGCAGCCUUGUGCGACACAGCGAUCUACAAGCUCGCGAUGAGUUGCUGUUUGAGUUCGACGGUUACAUCGACACGGCGAGGCAGACAUCUUCGGACUUGCAGAAGUUCAACACCCAUGUUGGCUCUGCUGUUGAUGCUGUCAUAAGCAUCAAUCGCUGGACAUCUCGUUAUCUCGAUACUCUAUCCCCAGAAACAGACGAUGGGAAGUCGAUUUCCUCACCUUCACCUAUUCUUGGCUGGGCGUCGUGGCUCUUUCAUCCAUUCCAGCCAACUACAGAUCAUAUUUUCAACGAGCGAGUUCUCCUAGACAAGUAUAUUGAACAUACGGCUCUUGUCUCGGAUCGUAUCGCGACCCUUAUCCUUGAAGCGCAGGCCGUUCUGCGCCUGCUUACAAAAGCCGAGGAUCAUCUGAUGCUCAUCUACGACAUCAGUUCUCGCUCCUCUGCCGAUACAGCAUCUCGUCGUGAAAACGUCCUCUGGAAUAUCUGGACACUUGUCGGUGCAAACUCGAACCAACUCAAUAGCCUCUCCCGCCAACUGGCUCUUCUGCGCCAGGUUGACGCACAGCGCUCUUCAGCAGUUGCGCAGGUCAACGCGCUUAUCCUCGAACUCGAGAGCAUUCAAGCCGGUCUCGGCGAUUUGCGUGACCGUGUCGCUGAGCCUGAGGUGCUCCGCAAUGGUAUUGGUAGUGGACCCCCAAUCCCCCUGAGCGUGCAUAUUGAGACUAUUGAUCGAGGCGUCGAACGUCUGGAGGAUGCAAGAAGCAGGAUUCGUGCUGCCGAGAAUGAUCGCGUUCGAGAUGCACUUGCUAGAGGCGGAGUCCGUAAUGACCCGUUGCUGGAGGGUAAAGGAAAGCGUGGUGAAGGGAAUUGA